AUGUUACACAAAACAGGAUCGUUUGCUAGUGACGCAGAAAAAACAAGCGGUUCAGGCACUUAUCACCGACCAAAAUUACCGACAUCCCUUGUUCGCAACCCCAGUCCGCUUCUGGGUAAAAUUGUCCCUAUGCCAUCCAAUCUCAAUUCCAAGUCAAAUGCGGCCGAUGGGAACAAAGACGAAAAUUUUCUGACCCAAACACAGAAGUUGGUGGCUCAACUGGAACAGCGCACAAUGACGAAUGGAUCUCCGUUGCUAAACGGGGAUGUCAAACAGGAACAAGUUGAUUCAACACUGAUUGAUGAAGAUCCGGAAGUGACCGAGGCCUUCUUAAACUCAGCGGCCGGUUGCAAUUCUGGCAUAAAUAGGCGGUUAUUGGCCAUGCUGCAACGCCGUAACCCACCUUUGAAAUCUCCCGAAUCCACUCACCGUUCUAGAUCCGAAAACGUACCGGAGGAAGAUUUUUCACGGCGAGAAGCAAAUGCCAAGCGUCGGACCGGUGCUGUAGUUUCAACUUCGAGACCUAGAUCCCAGCAACCCACCUCAAGAAUGACAUUGUACAAUGUGGAUCCAGAUCAGCGUGAGCGCGGUUCAUCCACCACGCGCAAUGGAAGUUCUUCUCGAAUCACUCGCUACCUAUAUCCUGAAAAUGGUGGCCAGUCGAAUUCCCGUCAGCUAUUUACACAGCUGCGUGACGGGUGGGAUACCAGCAAAGGAAAGCAACAGCAACAACCACUGACAGCAAAAUCUGCGUCCAUUGCUAGUCCUCGGUUAUACCGAAAUUCCCAAGAAGCUGCAAAAAUCUCUGCUCUUAUGAACUGGCAGCGUCGAAAGGCGUAUGAUCCACGGAGUGCCAUUGCACAAAAUAGUGCGAGGAUAUCUAGUCGUGCAUCUGCUCAAUCUUUACGAGACGAUGAUCCUGCAAGCUCUUCUACAGAUGACGGAAAGCGACCGCAAUUACAGCAACAGCCACAAGAAACAGGAAAUCAGAAAGCCACAACUAAUUCCAGAAUAUUCUACAGAAAUAAAAAUAUAAAUCGCCGCACUGCUCCAGUGGAAACGUCUGAUUGUAUCGAUGCGCUUACUAGUAUACGUACACCAACAGCAGCAAAGGCGUUUCCCGCUCACUGUUCCGUUGUCUCCACACUACUCACACCCAGUAGACCCAAUCGAACUGGGGCUGGUUACAUAGAUCCCACCGCUCGGAUGCUUGUAGGACGCAGUCGCCCAGGAAUGGAACCGUCCGAAAGGAAGAAGCGUUCACCUCGGGCUCUUUCUCUAAACAAUGGUGGUGGAGAUUCGGAUCCGAAUUAUCCAGAUAUUGGAGUGGAGUCGAUAAGGUACAAAAUCGAGAAACUGACAAAUUUCAUUGUUCGCAUGAGAAAACGGAUUGAACGUGAUUAUGCUGAACAAGGGACCUGUUCACCCGGAGAUGACAUGUUCGGUGAUGAGGCAAUCGGAGCUACUGUAGCUGGACGGCCCACAGGAAUGCAUCCAGUUGUGGCUUCUAGUUUGAAGAAUCUGCGAAUUUUGGAAUUCAACGCCCAAGAAAUUUUUAGUUUGCUUUAUCCCACUGAGGUGGAUAUGUGGGAACCAGCUAGGGCCUGCCUUACUGGUGAUAUCGGAGAUGAAAAAUCAUUCCAUGAGGCGAGGAGUAAAUUGACUGAGCAUAUCGUGAACACGUUGCAAGAUAAUGAUGAUGCGGCCCCCGGUAGGACGACACCGACCCAACAACAAACGCCUGAGGAACGAACGCCUACUGCUGUAGUUAAUCCCAAACCGUUUUUGGAUUCGGACAACGCUGUCGGUUCGGGACCGGAUGUUGUCAAAAAAGGAGAUAUUCCUGUGUAA